GAUGAGCGAUAUGCCCAGGGCAGAGGAUUCAUAACCAAGGCCAUCAAUAGCUGCCAUACUUCUUCUCUUUCUACUCCCGAAGACAAAGAGCAAGCUCAGCAGAUUCGUCAUGAAGACCUCCUCAAUUUGGUGCUCAGAGUCCUGCGUUCCUGGAAUGAGCCCUUGUACCAUCUGGUCACUGAAGUACGGAGUAUGCAAGAAGCCCCUGACACCAUCCUCUUGAAAGCCAUGGAGAUUGAGGAGCAAAACAAACGACUUCUAGAGGGGAUGGAGAAGAUAGUGGGUCAG